AUGCCCGACUAUGACAGUUACCAGACCCCGCUGGGUAUGAGAUACGCCAGCCGGGAGAUGCUCACACUGUUCUCCCCUCGAAGCCGCAACAACACCUGGCGGAAACUCUGGAUCCAUCUCGCUGAGGCCGAACACGAACUUGGCCUGCCCCAAGUUACCCAGGAAAAGAUUGAUGAGCUGAAGGCCCACGCCCAUGUAACAGACGAGGCCUUUGAGGUGAUCAAGGCUGAGGAGAAGAUCCGUCGCCAUGAUGUCAUGGCUGCGGUCCACGCAUACGGAAAGGAAGCUCCAGGAGCGGCCGGUAUCAUCCAUCUGGGUGCCACAUCGUGCUAUGUGACUGACAACGCAGAGCUCAUCUUCAUCAAGAAGGGUCUUGAGCUGCUUCUGCCCAAGUUGGCCAAGGUCAUCAGCAAUCUCCAAAAGUUCGCCCUCAAGUAUAAGGACCUCCCGACUCUCGGCUACACUCACCUUCAGCCAGCUCAGCUCAUCACAGUGGGCAAGCGGGUGUGCCAAUGGAUCCAAGAGCUAGUCAUGGAUCUGGAGGAUAUAGAGCACGUUCUCUCAGCCCUCAAGUUGCGCGGUAUCCAAGGAACGACGGGAACCAAAGCAUCCUUCAUGGAGCUCUUCCAGGGAGAUGAGGUGAAAGUCAACAAGCUCAAUGAAAUACUUUGCAAGAAGCUCGGCUUCCAGGGUGUCUAUGACAUCUCGACGCAGACUUACACCAGGAAGGUCGACCUGCGUGUCGCAAACGCACUUUCUGCUUUUGGCGCCACGGCCGAGCGCAUCAGCCUGGACAUCAGGCAUCUGGCCAACUGGAAGGAGAUUGAGGAGCCUUUCGAGGCGGGCCAGAUCGGAUCAUCAGCAAUGGCGUACAAGAGGAACCCAAUGCGCAGCGAACGCAUCACCAGUCUCGGGCGCAAACUUUCCACGCUAUCUGUCAACUUCACCAAGACUUUCGAGGUGCAGAUGAUGGAGCGCACACUGGACGACUCAGCCAUCCGUCGCAUUGACAUUCCCGAGAUGUUCCUCCUCGCCGACGCUAUUCUGAUCUCGCUCGACAACGUGACCGACGGCCUGGUUGUCUACCCUGCCACUGUCCGCAGCCGUGUUAUGCAGGAGCUUCCAUUCAUGGCAACCGAGAACAUCAUCAUGAAGAUGGUUGCACAAGGCGCAUCGCGACAGGAAUGCCACGAAGAGAUCAGGGUCUUGUCUCAUCAAGCGUCGCACGCGGUCAAGAUGGAGGGCAAGAGCAACGAUCUGCUGGAGAGGAUCAAGAACACCGAGUAUUUCAAGCCUGUGCAUGCCGAGCUUGAUGCCAUGCUCGACCCUGCACUUUUCACUGGCUGCUCGCAAUCUAUUGUCGAGCGGUAUUGUGGUCCUGACGGAACUGUGGAGAAGGCGUUGGCACCCUACAAAGAACAUAUAGCAUCUGCAGCCACUGCGGAGCUUUCUGUAUAG